AUGAACACAAAUAGUGGUGAUCAACUGAAAGCAGCAGCUCAAACAGGUGAUAUAGAUCUCCUUUACACAGUAAUUCAUCAUGAUCCAUGGAUUUUAGAGAUUAUAGAUUCAAUACCAUUUGUUGAAACUCCAUUGCACAUCGCCGCAUCUCUGGGGCAUAUCCGAUUUGCCCUUGAGAUUAUGAAAUUGAAACCUUCCUUAGCUUUGAAGCUAAAUCCGCAAGGAUUCAGCCCCGUCCAUCUAGCUAUGCAAAACGACCAAAAGAGGAUGUUGUUUCGGUUUGUUUACAUGAAAAAUGAUCUAGUUAGAAUUGAAGGGAGGGAAGGCUUAACUCUUGUUCAUUUUGCAAGUCAAAUAGGAGAGCUUGAACUUUUAGCUGAAUUCCUUACAGCGUGUCCAGAUUCCAUUAAAGAUGUGACAGUGAAGGGUGAGACUGCAUUGCAUAUUGCUGUUAAGAAUGAUCAGUAUGAGGCUUUUGAUCUUCUUGUUUUCUUUCUAAGAAAAAAUUUCAUGAGAAAUGCUAGGAUGAUUCAAGAUAAAAUACUAAAUUGGAAGGAUGAGGAUGACAACACCAUUUUGCAUAUUUUAGCACAAAGAAAUUUUGAGCCACAGGUAGUAAAGGCACUUGGAUUGUUGUUAAAGAUUGGGAUAAAUUUGAAGGCAAAGAACUUGGAGAACAAAACUGCAUUGGACAUGGCAGCCAAUGCAGAUAUAAGGAGUAUAUUGUUGUGUGCAGGAGCAAAAUCAAACUCACAAAUCACCGAUGCUCCCACACUUGCACAUAAACUCAAAUCAAAUAUUACAAUUAGAGAUAAAAUGGCAACUUUUAUACGUCGCGUUAGAAAGAAUAUAUCAGAGGAGGAACGUAAUAGUUGGUUGAUAGCUGCGACUCUUGUUGCAACAGCCAUGUAUCAAUCAGCUCUGAGUCCCCCUGGUGGAAUUUAUCAGGUUAGUGCUAGUGAUGACAAUCACGUGAACAAUACCAUGACUUCCUCCUGGUGGAAUUCUACUAAUAUUUCUACCAAUGCUGGGCAUUCAAUCUUGUCAGGACCAGAAUUCUCCGUGUUCUUAAUUUUUAAUAUGAGUUCCUUUUUUCUAUCAGUUAUAGCGAUAAUUAUUAUGAUACCAAGAGGAGUAAUAGGCAGUCUAGUGGCUGCUCCGGUGACUAGCUUUGCCUUUAGUUAUAUAUAUUCUAUGUUUAGGAUAUCCCCUACACUUGACAAUGUCUUGACGAUUCUCAUCAUUUUUCUUUUAAUUUUGUUUACCCCGUGCAUUGAACUUUUCUUAAGAAUUUACGAUGAUCUUAAGUCCGUAAUUGUUAAGAAAUUGAAUAGAUGA